UUUAUUUAUUUAUUUAUUGUGGUGUUAGGAUUGAACCCAGUGCUAGGCAAGUGCUCUACCACUGAGCCACAACCCCAGCCCUAAGUGAAGUAGAAUCUUGAGAGGGGGGGAUUUUACGAAUAAUCAGUAGGACCAAUAUACCCACAAGAUUCCACUGGGCAGGUUGGAAGAUCAGAGUCAGUAGGAGACAGGAUGGUGGAGGCAAAGGUUAGAGUGAAGGAAGAAGGGGCUGUGAGCCAAGGAAGGCCGUGGCUUCUGGAAGCUGGAAAAGACUUGGGAGUAGAUUCUCCCCUGGACCUUCUAGAGAGAACCAGCCCUAUUCACCAGUCACUUUAGACUUCUGAUCUCCAGAAUAGUAAGAGAAUAAAUAACUGGGUUUUUUUAAUAUAUAUGUUUUAGUUGUAGGUGGACACAACACCCUUAUUUUUUAUUUAUUUGUACAUGGUGCUGAGGAUCGAACAUAGGGCCUCACACAUGCUAGGCAGGCGCUCUACUGCUGAGCCACAACCCCAGCCCAUAACUGUUGUUUUGAGCCACCAAGAUUGUGAUAAUUUUCCACAGUGUCAACAGGAAAUUAAUCUUGUCUGGUAGUUCACAUUUGAGAGUUCUGUUCUGGCCAUGUUGACCUUGAGAUGUCUGACAUCCAUAUGGAGCUGCUGAGUGGGGUCUGAGCUCAGGAAGGAGGAUGGGACUGAGUCAAGGACUUGGGAACCAUUGACUUCUCAGUGGAAUUUUAUAAAACUUUGGGUUUGAAAGAGAGGCAGAGGGACGCCUGUAGAACUCCCUAGUCUUUUCCACAGCAGGGCCACCCUGAUGCAGGCAAGUCCAGGGCCAGCAACAUUGGCCACUCUGUUAUGGAUAGCAGUCUGGACACUAAGGGACCCUUAGGCAAGCCCUGGGAUGGCGAGAGCCGGGGGACAGGUAAGGACCACCAAUCUGUGGGCACACAAGAGGUCAGGUGAUGUAAUUUAGGAAAAGACUGAGAAAGAGGGACUGGAGAGGUGGGAGGAUGCAGGAGAGGCAGGGCAGACAGUAUCCACAAACACCCAGCACCUGUGGGUGGUCUGGUCUGAGAAGAGGCAGGAAGGUAGAGUUUGAUUUCCCAGAGAGGUUGUGGCUGGACCAUGUGAGAGCUGAGGUAGGAAUUCAGGAGGGAGGAAAAAAAAACUCCACAGCCAGCUGAUUCUCACUGAAGAAUGGACUUUGGGAUGUGUCUGCCAGCACCCCCCACACUGCCCUUUCCUCCCCCAACCCCAUGACUCCCCAGGACACUGAGUCACCCUGAACCUUGCUACUUCCUCCUCCUAGCAGCCACUGAUUAGACUAUGGAGCUGUGGAUGCAGCUGAAGCAGGCGGGACUGGAGCCCCCUGGGCUGGGCCCACCACCCCAGGCCCUGAGGGGACCCCCCCCAGAGGGGAGCCCUGGACAGACCCUUCUGUCCCCAGGGGAGGAACCUGGAGGUGCCAAGGAGAGUCUGCUGUGGAUCUGGGAGGAACUGGGAAAGCUGCGCCGUGUGGAUAUCCAGCUGCUGGGCCAGCUGUGCAGCCUGGGGCUAGAGAUGGGGGCACUGCAGGAGGAUCUGGUGGCCAUCCUGGAAGAGGAGGAGGAGGAGAGCAUCGAUGAGGAAGCAGAGGAGGAGGAAGAGCCCCAGGGGAAGCAGGAGGAAGGAUGCCCCGGGACCUCCUUCCCAAUCCCACGCCUCCCUGACUUUGAGAUGACUAUCUGAGAUGCUUUAGUUUGAUGCACAAAUGAGAUAUAUAUUUAUGCAAAGGAGAGGGGAGAUUUGCAGGUCAAAUCCAGUUUGAAGCCAGUGGGCACUCCAGAGCUGGUUCUUUCUCUGAUGAUGUCUGGGGAUGAGAUCUAGGCAUUGGCCUAUGACUGUAGGCGGGUUUGAAUGCAGGUGAUGUGGAAAGUGUACAGAGACGCUGCAGAAGAGCCUCAAGUGUGGCCGUGGAGAUGUGAGUCUUUACAGAUAUGGUGGAGAUGUUUGCAGACUAAGGUGAAUGUCAAUACCAUCCAGUGUGGUAGCCAUCAGCCAAACAUGGCUGUUGAGCAUUUGACACAUGGUAGAUUCACAUUGGGAUGUGCCUUGUGUAAAAUAUGCACAAAAUGUAAAAGGUCAUGUAAUAAAAAGAAGGUAAAACAUCUCAAUAAUUUAAAAUAUUGAUUAUAUGUUGAAAUGAUAAUAUUUUGAAUAUAUUAGGAUAAAAUAUUAUUAAAAUUAAUCUUGCCUGUUCA